AUGGCUGGACCCAAGAAUGCCGCCUUUGCGGAAGAGAGCGCCGAGGUUGAGGUCCUACUGGCCUCUCUGGGGAAGACCAAAGACCUUACCAAGCGGAUAGCCGCCAGCCUGUCGCGUCUGGACGUGAGCGGCAAGAUCGUCAAGGAUGCCAUCGGACCCAUCUAUGCCAACACGCAACAGCUCCAGAUCACGAGUCGUAACAUCGAGAAGGUCAAUGAAGCCAUCGAAAAGCUCAAGCAGCCUCUGGACUCACGUGGACGCGAAGAGGGCAUCAUCCGUGCUGGACCCAAGAGUGCCGGGCUGCCACAGUAUCUGGGCGCCUUGAAGCGUGUGGACAAGGCCCUCAGCGACAUGAGCUCCACAAACAUGAGAUCGAACCAACAAGCUAUAUCAGAGUUCCAGACUCUGCUGACCACCGGCGUCAAUCAGUUGAAUGACAUGUACCGGCAAAUGCUGCAGGAGGAUUCCCAGAUCGUUGAACCACUACAUUAUAUCACUAAACAAAUACCAUUCCCUACAUUCUCCACUGAGAAGGCGCAGAACCUAAGCCAGAUAGCCAUGGCAAUCGCUUCGGCCGGGGCUCAAUCCGCCAGAAUGGGCCAACGUGAAGACGACGUCGCGGCGCGCAUAUACUCAGAAAUCAGAGGUGACUAUCUCCAAGGUAGUCUGCAAAACCUGGCAACAGCAUCUAUCAUGACGUCGAAACGACGAGACGACGACACCGGUGUCUAUCGUGAAGGGUCAAGCGGCGUUGGUGCCUACGUAAAGGCCAUCGAAGGCAUGUUUCUCGCAGAAGCAGAGAACACGUCCCGCAUAUUCCGCAACGAAGCCGGCCGCGUUCUCACCUCAACCUGCGGCAAAGCCAUGGCGACGUUCUCGCGCACAAUGUCCGACCUGAACAAUGUUAUCAAGCCGCGCAUCUUAAGCGACUGCUUCCUCGCCUACGAGAUCCUGGACCUCGUAACACCGCUGAGCUACCGGCUGGAGCAACGGACCGGUCAACUCCGACCACAAUUCGCCGAAGCACUGCGCCCAUUACGGGACACCGCCCGCUCGUCCUUAGGCGACAUCAUCACGCAAACAAAGAGGCAAGCCGAGGCGACCUCGACGCUGCCGCCCGACGGCAACACCAUCCCGCUGGUAUCCCAGACCGCCACGCGCCUACAAAACCUCGCGACCUUCGACCGGCCCAUCCUCGCCCUCCUGUCCUCCAUAGGCGACGGCAACUGGCGGUCCGCCCCUGGCAUGGCUUCGCAAUCGACCCUGAACCUCGAACUGACCCCCUCGACGGAGAACCCGACCCUCCUCUCGCACUACCUAGUCGACCUGGUCGACGGGCUGCUCACGACGCUCAACACGCGCUCCCAGGCCCUGCACCCCAAGAAACCCCUCCAGGGGAUCUUCCAGCUGAACAACGUCGCGAUCGUGACUCGCACGGUGCAGUCCUCCCCCGAUCUAGCGCGCUACCUGGGCAUCUCGCCACACAACGCGAAACUCGAGUCCUACCGCAAAGCCGGCUCGUCGCUGUACCUCACGGCAUGGCGCGACCCGGCGAACCACCUGUUUGAUCAGAUCCAGACGUCUGGCUCGCGGCCGUUGUCGUCCGGACAGGGCCCCGCCAUCGACUCGACCAGCAUCAUCAAAUCACUAAACAGCAAGGACAAGGACAAGAUCAAGGAGAAGUUCCGGCUCUUCAACGCCAGCUUCGACGAGCUGGUCUCCCGCCACAAGUCGCUGCACAUGGAGAGCGAGGUGCGCGCGAACCUGGCACGGGAGAUCCAGAGCCUGAUCGAGCCGCUUUACGCGCGCUUCUGGGACCGGUACCACGAGGUGGAUAAGGGGAAGGGGAAAGUCGUGCGCUACGACAAGGGGGCUUUGGCGUCUAUGCUGGCGAGUCUGUAG